CCCCUUUAUCGGCUUCGUUCACCAAACAAGCAAUUCCAAUUCCGACUGUCAGCGAUCAGAGACAAUUGCCGUCUGAUGUCCAGCAUGGUGAUUCGAUGAAGCCAUGGAUUGCAACUUUUGACAAACGUUCGCGGGGCAGGUUUGAAUUACCCGCCUCGUUCCCCUGCCACAUUCAGGAGACAGGAUGAGAGUUUAUAUGAAAACAAUCACGAAACACGCCGCAAAGAGCAGCACCUCAACACUUGUGAGGAUACGGGGCACGAUUCCUCGUGUGCGCAUCUGCGUCAUUCUGGCCCCUUGUGGUUCGUCUUGCUCCGCAAAGCCAAUAGUCCCAGCCCCAAAUGACCUCUCCUCUCUCUGCGCUCCACACGCAAUGACACUCUUUUCAACAUGAUCGACUACGACAAUGUAUGCUUCAAUAUCGCCUCCUUCAUUGGGGGCCUGUUUGUUCUCGAGUUCGGUGCCGACAAGUUCGUCGACCAUACUGCCAAGGUCGCUGAGCGCCUGCGGAUUCCGCCGACUCUGAUCGCUCUUUUGACAGCUGGUGCUGAAUGGGAAGAGCUGGUUGUUGUAAUUGCAGCCAUCGCUCAACAUGAAUCCCCCCUGGCGAUGGGAAACAUCGUCGGAUCCUCCAUCUCGAAUAUCCUCGGUGCCUUCUCCCUAGGCCUUAUUUUCUCCCCAACGAAUACAACAUUCGACAGGUCCGCCAAGAUCUAUACCGGUGUCCUCCUGGGCCUCACCACCCUGCUCACCCUCUUUAUCCUGUUCUUCCAAAAUCUGGGACGAUUCGGUGGCGCCGUGUUGAUCCUCACAUUCAUUAUAUACAUCAUUUCAAUAGCAUGGGCCAUCUACAAAGGCAUUGUGGCACCUCCAGUCGAUUCAGAUAGUGAUUCGGACAGCGAUUCGGACAGCUCCUCUGACUCCGACGAUGAAGACGAAUCUUCCGUACCUCUUCAGAAAAAGGGAAAUCGCUCCAUUUCCCCCCAAUCCAGCACCACAACCCUCUUCGGCAACGACAAUGAGCACGACCUCGAAGCUGCUCCAAAACGGAAAUCGAGAUCCAGAUCGAAUUCCCCCGUGCCUCUCCCCCAACAAGACCCCGAAGCCUGCCCCCUUGCCGAAGAAAUGUUCGACGAAGUCGACCUACACGCUGCCCCCAAGGUGCAACAUCCAAGGAAGCACAGCACACUCUACCACCUCGCAAACCUAACCUUCGGCUUCCUGGCCCUCUCUUUAUCAGGCUACAUCCUCAGCCACUCAAUCAGCACGAUCUCCGCCUCCUUUAACCUCUCCUCCUCCCUCCUGGGCGUCACACUCCUCUCCUUCGCCACCACCCUCCCCGAAAAACUCGUCUCCAUCUUCUCCUCCCAGCGCGGCGAAUCCGGAAUCGUGAUCGCGAACACGGCGGGCUCGAAUAUCUUCCUCGUCACACUGUGCGCCGGGGUGCUGUUCUGUUCCGGCGAUUUGGCAAGUCUGAAAUUAGAAGGCGUGACGACGUUUGAAGUGAGCGCUAUGUGGCUUAGCAGCGUGGUGCUGUUUGGGAUUGUGAUGGCUGGCGGAAGACGGUGGAUGGGCUGGGCGUUGUUUGGGGCCUAUGUUGCAUUUAUUGGCGGGGAGUUUGUGCUGGAUAGGAGAUCAUAGAUGACUCCUUUUUCUUCCUGGAGGCUUUGUUCUUUUUUAUAUUGUAUUACAAGGCGUCAUUAGAAGGUAGAGGAUCAGAGCUAUCUGAAUAUAUACACUGUACUAUUAUCAAUUUUCUAGACAGUUCUUCCACUUAACAGGAUGUGGGUUGCGGUGAGCAAAUCAGCCAAUAUUUCGUGAUUCUCCAUACAAAAUGAGUGUUGCAAAAUUAGGAGACAUCCGGUCCGAGAGUGCUUCCGUUAAUGUCACUCAAAUUUGACUUCAAGUCUCGAGUCAAAUUCUGUACAACGUCUUACAUGAAGUAGUU